AUGAUUCACUCGACGAGUUGCACUUUUGUCACGGGGUCUGCGUGUGAGUCGCGUGUUGGAAGCGUACGUGUGCGAAGUCGGUGUCGCGUGCAGAAGUGGGGGAAGGGGAAAGAGUCACUGGGAGUACUGUACAAGUACUGUAGGUUGGACUCGGCAAUGCAAGUGCGGGUGAUCGACUUGGAGGAUUACCCGUAAUUUAGGUCUUGGGAAGCGAAAGGUGAGUUUGGGACGAGUGACCAGAUGCGGGGAGGGUUGUUGUUGUGCUAAUUUAAAUUACUUGUAUGAUACCACAAUCACCAGGUGCUACUUUCUUUAUAUAAUAUUAUAUCUAUUA